ACUGAAAAAUACUAGUCUGUUACGUUUGUUUGGUUGUUUUAUAUGCAUUUGUCUACUAUAAACAAUAAAACCUGUGAAAGUUAUUGCAUUCACAGACACCUUAGCUUCAAAUGGAAAAUCCUUGGACCAUUAUACUUGUUGUGGCUCUACUUUGGGUUUCAGUAGUUGCAGCAACAAGAACUAAGCUGCAAUCCAUCGAAAAUGUCGAUGGCGGCAUUUGCAAAUCAAUGUUGGAGACACAGGGCUAUACUUGCCAAGAACAUAAAUUUCAGGUAACAACUGAAGACGGUUACAUCCUCGGCUUGCAGAGAAUUCCAAUGGGACGGUCUGGUGACGAAACACCAAACAAGAAGCCUGUUCUGUUACAACAUGGGCUCUUAGUGGAUGCUUCAGCAUGGCUACUCAAUCCGCCGGAUCAAGCUUUGGCAUUUAUCUUGGCAUUUAUCUUUGGGAAGAGACAGGCCGAAACCUGCUCUGAUACCAAGAUAAAAGUAUAUGUGUUUAGGGUUUGAAUUUUGUUAUAUUAUUUUUCUCUCUAUGAGGCAUAUAUAUAAUCAUACAUGAGGCCCUAUAAAUUAGGAAACAAGACUCCCGAAAUAUACAAAGAAUCAGUCAUGGAAUCCUAUUCUAACUACAUUCCUAAAUCAUAAAGUUGACUCACGCCAACACUCCCCCUCAAGUUGGUGCAUAGAUAUCACUUAAGCCCAACUUGUCGAGUGAGUCUUGAAAAACCUUCACCGACACUGCAUGAGUUAACACAUCAGCUAACUGUUCUUCGGACUUCACAUAUGGAAUGUCAAUCAACUUAACGUCCAACUUCUCUUUGAUGAAAUGUCUAUCCACCUCCACAUGUUUUGUACGAUCAUGUUGGACUGGAUUAUUGGCUAUCUCUCUUGCUGCUUGAUUGUCACAGUAUAACAACAUAGACUCCCGAGGCUUAAAUCCUAUUUCGGUGAGAAGAAUUUGGAUCCAUAACAACUCGCAAAUCCCAUGUGCUAUACCUCGAUAUUCUGCCUCAGCUGUGGACCUAGCCACCACGUUUUGUUUUUUACUUCUCCAAGUUACAAGAUUUCCUGCUACAAAUGUAAAGUAGCCUGACGUGGAGCGA